ACUCUCUGGCCGUGCGCGCGCAUUGGCUAACUAAUCUCUUCCCUGGAUAGGCGCGCGCGCUCCCGUCUGCGUUCAAUCCCGGAGGUCGCACACAUGGCGGCGGCGGCACACCGGUGGAGGGAGCGAUAGGAGAACCGCUACUAUCACCGGCCACAGUUGUCCUUAUUUGCAUGGAGUACAUUAUCUCAUCACCUCGGAUCCCAACAGACGACGUUUAAACUUUACCAGCGGGGGGAGAAAAGGGAGUAUUUAUCCAUGUUUUCUUCAGCCAUAAAGACCUAUCGAUAAUUCGUCAUGGACUUGGAGUGGUCAGGAUUGACCAUUUUCCUCCAUUUGGCCGGGUUGGUUUUGGCUUUGUCCACCCCUGGCGCAACAUCCGAGUCUGCCACUCUGCGCUUCUUGGGGCCGACAGACUUUGUCGUCAACGAGAGCAGCACGGCUGUGGUCCGGCUGGUCGUGGAGAGAGUGGGCGACCCCAUCAAUGUCACGGCUUUGGUUCUGCUGGAUGGAGCCGACACAGGCGAUUUUGAGGCUGUCAAUGCUGCCGUCUUUCUGCUGUCCAUUGAAUCCAGUAAGACCAUAUUCAUUGCAGUGAAAGACGACGAUUUCCCUGAAGCGGACGAGACGUUCACUUUUAACCUCACGCUUCAGAGCUCCUCCAACGGCGUGACUCUGGGAACACCCAACAAAGCCACCAUAACAAUCCUGUCCAAUGAUAACGCCUUUGGAAUCGUCGCCUUUAACGCAACCGAGGUCAUAGUUGACGAACCAAGAGGAGGAAACGAGUUCGUGCCUCUCACUCUAAUCAGGGAAAAGGGGACAUAUGGAACGGUGACUGUGAAUUUUGAGGUCUCUGGGGGGCCCAAUCCUGCCUUUGAGGACCUCGCUCCAGACAGUGGCAAUAUCACAAUUCCUGUUGGACAUUCUGUCAUUCACUUCAGCAUCCUCAUCCGUGAUGAUCAGAUUCCAGAAAAUGAUGAAGUGUUUUCAGUCAGGCUCACGGGCAUCGGAGGUGGAGCUCUCCUCAGGCCUAACGGCAGCAGCAUUCAGCUGAGGAUCCGACGUAAUGACAGCCCACUGAGGUUCUCACACUCGAUCAUAGCAGUUCCAGAGUCUGCUGGGGUCAUCGCCCUGAAUGUGACACGUGGUCGGCUGAGUGAGGAUGGGCCUCUUGUCGGUUCUGUUGACACUGAGGUUUCUGUGGACUAUAUGCUUGUCAGUGGCAAAGGUCCGGUCAGCGCCACAGCUGAUGAGGACUUCAUCAACCUGCAGCCGGUCAGGACUGUCACCUUCCCUCCAUUUGUCUACAAGACAAGCUUAUUUUUUAACAUCACGGAUGAUGAAGAGCCAGAAAUCGCAGAGUCUUUCCAAGUGGUCCUGCUGGAGGCAAGCCUUAAAGGAGACGUGGUGCUCGUUUCACCCUCGACUGUGCUUGUGACCAUCGAGCCGAAUGAUAAGCCACAUGGUGUCCUGUCAAUCAGCAGCAGUACAUUCAUUCAACCAAUCAGCAUCGACGAGGACCUGACACAGAGAUUUGAGGGCAUCGUUAUUGUUAGAAAUGGAGGUAGCUAUGGAGAAGUGUCUGCCAACUGGUCCAUUAGUCGAAACUCAAAUGUCCUCACACCAGUAUCUGAUGACUUGGCACCUGAGGCUGGCGUGGUGACCUUUGCCCCUGGCCAGGUAACCGCUGUGAUUCCAAUAAAUAUCCUAACUGACGAUCUACCCGAAGAGGCAGAAGCUUUCGUUCUAAGGCUGCUGCCGGAUUCUGUGACUGGGGAUGCUGAAGUGGACGAACCAAUGGAGAUGCUGUUUUACAUCCAAGACAGUGACGACGUCUAUGGCAUAUUUCGCUUCAACCCUGAAAAAGAGCAAAGCAUCCAAAGUCAACCUGAAGGCCGUUUUCUAAAACUCAACUUCCUGCGGGACGGUGGCAUGCUGGGCAAAGUCUCAAUGAGUCUCACAGCCCUCUAUAUUCCAGCAGGACCCAUAGAUCCAGAACUGGCACGAGACCAGGUUCUAAAUGUUAGCAGAACUGUGAAUGUUGUCUUCUCUCGUGAACGCACGGCUCUCGUCGUACUGCCUAUCAGGAAUGAUGCUUUUCUGCAGAAUGGAGCUCAUUUCUUCAUUCAGUUGAAUGCCCUGGACCUUGUUGACAUCACUCCCAUGAUUCCUUCAAAAAGUCCAAGGUUUGGGGGCCAUGUCAACCUCACCCUGACAGUCACUCCUGAUAUUGCCAAUGGAGAAAUUGGUUUCACAAGUAACAGCACAGUUGCGGUUCAUGAACCAGAGAGCAGCAACAGCAGCAUGGUGAGCCUUCCGCUACGGCGUGACGGCACAGACGGUCAAGCUGUUGUGUUCUGGAGUCUCAAGCCAAUCGGAAUCAACCGUGAGGACAUAACAUGGAAUGAUCUGGAACCUCUCAACGGCUCUGUUGUCUUCAUGUCCGGGCAGAGCGAGGCCUUCAUAAACCUUACAAUCAUUGCUGACAAUACACCAGAAGUCAAUGAGACCUUGCUGCUUACCCUAGAUAGGAGUAAUGUUGAAAAUCAAAUCCUGAAAGCUGGCUUUACCACCAGAGAGAUUGUCAUCAUGGAGAACGACAACCCCGGGGGAGUCUUUGAGUUCUCUCCAUCCUCCAGAGGUCCAUGGUUGAUCAAUGAGGGUGAGGCCGUAGAGCUCCAUGUGGUCAGAGCCCAGGGACAGCUGCUGAAACAGCUGCUGCGAUAUGCUGUCGUGCCUACCGGCAACACCGAAUUCUAUGGUGCAACUGGCAUCUUGGAGUUUAAACCAGGCGAGAGGGACGUGGUGGUGGCCCUGGUGGCCAAGCGUGAUGGUGUGCCAGAGAUGGAUGAGACUUUCUCCAUUGUACUCAGCAGCCACAGCACUCCUCCCAGUCGCCUCGGAAGCCACACGGAGGUCAACGUCACAGUGCGCAGGAAUGACGACCCCUUUGGAGUCAUAGAAUUCAGGGAUUCGGGAACAGCACUGCCCAUCAGUGAAAGCAAAGGAAACGAAACAUUCCAAGCGACCUACUUCGUGCAGAGGAGCAGGGGGCUCUUCGGGGAAGUGUCUGUUUCAUGGAUCCUAGAGCCAGCUUCAUCUGAAGAUGUUAGCCCUGUCCAGGGAAACAUCACGUUCAAGGAGGGGGACUCCUUGAAAAACCUAAUUCUCCUCUCCUUACCAGAUGAGAUACCUGAAGGUCUGGAGAAUUUCAUAGUCACUCUGGUGAACACGAGUGGAGGAGCGAGGCUGGGAAGCAGAGUGUCAGCCAAUUUUCAGAUCAGUAAAAAUGAUGACCCCAUUUAUUUUUCUGAACCUAUCGUCAGGAGGCUUCAGGAGGGCGACGUGGCCAUUUUCAGUGUUGUGCGGGCGGGUCAACCGGACGGCGUGGACACAGUGGCGUAUCGUGUGGAAUAUGGUGAUGCGUCACCUGGUGACCUCACUCCCCUCAGUAAUGACACAUUGUUGGUGUACGGCAUAGGGGAAUGGAUGCAAAACAUCUCUGUGGCCAUAGAAGACGACAACAUACCAGAGACCGAUGAGCGCUUCUUCAUUCACUUGUAUAAUGCCACCGGGGAUGCGGUGGUGUAUGGAGCAGACAUGGCUACUGUGGUCAUUGAGGCCAAUGAUGACGCCAGUGGCAUUUUCUCACUGGAGCCAACAGAAAAGACGGUUGAAGAGGGGAAAAGCAAUAACUUUGAUGUCUUGCGAGCGCGAGGUCGUUUUGGAAACAUAACAAUCUUCUGGCAGCUCUACGCCAAUGACUCCGUCACUCCAUUGUUGCAAAGUCAAGAAUUUACCGUCACCUCUAGCUCACUCACUUUCACCACUGGAGAAGAUUCCAAAGCAAUUAUCCUGGAGGCCAUCUCUGAUAAGCUUCCAGAAUUCAAUGAGUUCUUUGUCCUCAGACUGGUUAAUAUUUCUGAUGGCCGACUUGCUUUGACGUCUCUGAGUGCCUCGGUUGUCAUUCCCUUCAAUGACGACCCGUAUGGUGUGUUUGCCAUCGCCGACCGUGAUCUGGACCAAGAAGUAGCAGAGGAUGUACUGUCAGAGGAGGAUAUGGCGGACGUCACUUCCUUUACCAUCCUCCGACAGCAGGGUACUUUUGGUGACGUGCGGGUUGCCUGGGAGAUCGUAUCCGGCCACUUCCCAGACGGUCUUCCGCUUAUGGAUGACCUGCUUCUUCUUGCGUCCUUCCCGGACACGGUCGAGCUCAGGCCUCGUGCCAGAAGACACCACUCUGCAACAGACACACUUUUUUUCUCUGGACGUCACGGAGCCUACGGGACCAUCUCACCUGAAGAUUCGCCUCCUUUGCCGGGCAACUUUACAUUCGCUGCUUGGCUGGUUCCCAGAGUGGACACUGAUGGCUUCAUUGUCUCCAAAGGAAUCACAAAUGCUACCUUGUAUUAUGGCAUGAAAGUCCACACCAAUGAGUCUCAUAUCACGGUGAAGUUUUACUACACUGUGACAGGAUCGAAUAAUACCCAAGUAGCGCAGGCCACUAGUGCCAAAUUUGUGGAAGAUAACACAUGGCUCCAUUUGAUCAUUUCUGUGGAUGAUGGAAUUAUUCAGUUUUUCCUGGAUGGGAACCCCAUUCCUGGAGGCCUGAAGAGCAUUAAAGGAGAAGGCAUUACUAAUGGUCCUGCUUCUACGUUCAUUGGAUCAGAUCCAUUAGGUCAACAGCGGUACACAGGACUCCUUCAAGAUGUCCGCUUGUACCAUACCAGACUUAACCGUAGCCACAUACGUGAGCUUCACAGCCAACCUGCAAAAACGGACCUGCGCAGCGUCUCAGGUUACCUCCGAUAUAAGCCGCAGGAGAGCCAGAAGUCCUUUGUGGUGGAAGUCAAGGAUGAUGAUGAAGAGGAGGGGGAGGAAGUGUUCUACCUGCAGCUGGUGGCCGUAAAUGGCGGCGCCCGCCUGCCCUUUCCCCGGCCCACGGCCGUGAUACGCGUCAUGAAGAGCGACAAUGCCAACGGGCUUUUUGGGUUCACGGGUGGCUGCAUACCUGACACCACUGAGGAGGGUUCAACAGUUUCCUGUGUUAUUGAGCGGAUGCGAGGCUCUCUGGACCACGUCUAUGUCAAUUAUUCUGUGAUCCAAGUGAAUGGCGUGAACAGUGAAAUGCCCGCACAUGAGGAUUUUCUCAAUGCCACCGGAGCUGUACUUUUCAUGAGUGGGCAGCGCUCGGAGGUACUGAACCUCGUGGUGUUGGAUGACAACCUCCCUGAGUUGGCAGAGACCUUUCAAGUCACACUGGUGUUAGCGGGAUCCAGUGAUGGGAAACUCGGCUCAACUCCUACCAGCGGCGCUAGCGUUGACCCCAGUCGUUCUGCUAACACAGUCACUGUCAUGGCGAGUGACCAUCCCUAUGGCCUGCUGCAGUUCCAAGCUCAUCUUCCAGGCGAGGGAUUGAUCGCCCCUGCUUUGGAACCCGCGCACAUCGUUGUCCAAGAGGAAGACGGACAAGUCCGACUGCCGGUGGCCAGGGCCCAAGGCCUUCUGGGGAGGGUCAUGGUGGGAUACAGGACGACCCCCUUCACAGCAUCCAGCCCGGAAGACUACGAGGAAUCAGAGGGUAUGCUGGACUUUCUCCCGGGAGAAAGGUUAAAGUUCAUUACGGUCACCAUUAUUGACAAUCCUGUUCCCGAGCUGGACAAGGACUUUAGAGUGGAGCUCUACAAUACUGAUGGAAGAGUGGAUCCUUUUCUGCAUGUUGAGGAAAGUGGUAGUGGGGAAAGUGACUCUGAUUUCUUGCCCUCAUCCUUUCUCCACCAUGCCAGCUUGGGAGCUGCCUCCCGCAUCACAGUUACCAUCGCAGCUUCUGAUGAUGCCCACGGGGUCUUUGAAUUCAGCCCUGCCUUCCUGUCUGUGAACGGGACAGAACCUGAGGAUGGACAAAGCUCUGUGGUUCUACAGGUGAAUCGGUCCUUUGGCGAUCUCUCCAUUGUGACUGUGAAGUGGGAAGCUGAUCCUAGCUCAGAAGGGGAACUCUUAAACCAGUCUGGAAACAUCUCUUUUGGUGUUGCUCAGACAUCAGUGCCCAUCAUCAUCACUGUGGCCCAGGACGAGGUCCCUGAAUUGGACAGGAAUUUUACCGUGUCUUUGGUUCAUGUGUCUAAUGGACGUCUGGGUGUCAAAACUUCUGCAACACUAACUGUGCUCGCCAGUGACCACCCAUAUGGUGUCUUUGUUUUCCCUAACACCACAAGGCCUGUUCGUCUGCCUGAAGGUGACUCAGCUGUUACCCUCAGCAUACUGCGACAGAAAGGCCACAUGGGACAGGUGUGUAAUGUUUUGUCACACUUUUACAACAUUGUUUUUUUUUUGUUUUUUUUUUUUCAAACUUGUGUCAUUUUCUUCCCAUUUGCCAAGGUGCGAGUCACAUUCAAGACACUAAAAGAAGCAGAUCCUGCACCUUACAGGACACCCGGGGUGGGCCGAGCCACUGAAGGGCAGGACUUCGUUCCAAUUUUAGAUUCAGUUGUUUUCUUGGCCAAUCAAAGUGAAGCAAACAUCACUGUCAGUGUGUUGGAUGAUGAGGAUCCAGAGAGAGAUGAGUCUGUGUUUGUACAGUUGAUCAGCGUUCAGCUUGUCAAAGGAGACCAGGAGAGGCCCAUUUCCAACUCCCCCUCUCUUGGCCCCAGGAUAGAAAUUGUAGCCCAGGUGGUAGUGGAGGCUAGUGAUGAUGCCUUUGGCGUCCUUCAGCUGUCAGCUUCUGCUGUCAGCGUGGCUGAAGACUAUGUCGGACCGAUCAUAAAUGUCACACGUGUAGGCGGGAUAUUUGCAGACGUAUCUGUCAAGUUCAGAGCCGUGCCUUUGACCGCCAGAGUCAGUGAAGACUACAGCGUGGCCUCCUCUGAUGUUGUUCUUCUUGAAGGGGAAUCCAGCAAAUCCGUACCCAUUUAUGUCAUCAAUGAUGUGCUCCCGGAACUGGAGGAGACCGUUGUUGUCGAGUUGAUCAAUCAAACAACUGGAGGAGCGCUGCUGGGAGAGCUCACACGUGCCACCAUCACCAUAUUGCCUUCUGAUGACCCUUUUGGUGCCUUUGUCUUCCAUGCUGCUCCAGUCACCAUAGAGGAACCAGUAUCCAACUCUAUUCCAGUUGCCCUGCCAAUAGUUCGUAAUGCUGGUACUAUUGGGACAGUGGUAGUCCAAUGGAAGGCCACUGUUAAUGGUCAGCUUGCAGUGGGGGACAUCAGACCUGCAUCGGGAGAGGUGACCUUUGCUCCCGGAGAAAUCACAAAGACUCUCCAAGUGGAGGUCUUAGGGGAUGACGUUCCUGAAAUCACUGAGAUUAUAAAGAUAGAACUCACCAGCGCUAGUAAUGGUGGGAACCUCGGAACAGAUAAAUCUGUUAACAUCAAAGUGCCUGCUAACGACAAUCCACAUGGGACAGUGUACUUUGGACAGUCUGUUUACCGGAUCCAGGAGCCACUAGAAGGAGUCUUGGGAGCCAAUAUUACUGUCCACAGAAGAGACGGGCAGUUUGGCCGCCUCCAAAUCCUGUACAGCACAUCGGAUAUCGACCCAGUCGGUUUAGCUCAGGCUGAGGGCCAAAACUUGCUGACCUUCUACGACAUCCCAAAACCAGGGCUUCCAUCCACGUCCCCUCAAGGUUCACUUAACAUCACCGGUCAGAAGGAUCCCUUGUCUGCCUGUGCUGCUGGGUGCCUGAGAGAACGUGCUUGCCAAGCCUUCUCCCUAUCCUCAAGCACAAUCCCGCCACCCUGCACUUGGGUGACUUCGGGGGCUGAUAAACUUGAAACAAAGUCUCAGAUCAUGACUUAUGUGAAAAAUGUGACUGCAGCUGCUGACCUGUUCAGCAGCCAAGCCUCCGCAGGGACCGACUACAUCCCUGAGAUGGCCAAAAGUGCCUUUAUGGAGGAUGGCUCAGGGGAAGCAAACCUCACUGUGCUCAUUUUGACAGAUAAGUUCCCUGAAAUGGAUGAAAGCUUUGCUAUACAGAUUUUAAAGAUAGGGCUGCUGAAUGUGACCACAGACCAGAAGAACCUGCCCUCUCUUGGCCAGCCACAUAAAGCAGUGGUCACCAUAGCGUUGAACGGGGAUGCGUUUGGCGUGUUUUUGAUAUACAGCUCCAGUGCCAAUGCCACCAACGAAGGGCUCUACGUUGAGGUCCGUGAAGAGCCUUGGGUGGUGGUUCCUCUGGUCAUUGAAAGGAGAGGAGGCAACUUGGGAGCAGUCACUGUGGAGUGGAGGUUUGUUGGAGGAAAUGCCAGACCAGAUACAGACUUUACUGGAACUGGGGGAACUUUGGUUUUCGAUGGUGAUCUCAAGAAGACAAUCGAGAUUGAAAUCAGAGACGAUAUUGAGCCAGAAGACAACGAGAGCAUCAUGAUCGGUCUUGUUAAUACGGAGGGAGGAAGUCGUAUCCUCCCCAGCUCAAAUACCGUCAACAUCGUAAUUCUAGCUAAUGAUAACGUGGCCGGCAUCGUGGGUUUCCAUCCAGCAUCACGUUCAAUCAUCGCCAGAGAGGGGCAAAAGCUGGCCUUGUCAGUUUUGAGAACUGCUCCAGGUGUGGGUAAUGUCACAGUGAAUUGGACAAUAUGGGGUCCACUUUUACAACAGACGUUCACUCACCACUCAGGGACACUUUUAUUUCAUGAGGGACAGCUAAACAAUACCAUCGUUGUGGAGGUUCUUGAUGAUCUGAUACCAGAGGACAAAGCGCAAUACAAAGUUUUCCUGACCAACAUCCAAACCUUUGGUGUUGCGGUGCCAGGCCACGCCACACUUGACAUCCAGGGAAGUGAGGCGAUGUUUACAGUGGACACCAGUGACGAACCUUAUGGGCUGCUUACCGUUGCAUCAUCGUCCCUAAGGGUGACCACUGAGGAGAGAGAGCACACCAUAAAUGUCUACAUCAACAGAGAGUCUGGAGCGUCAGGAGCUGUGAAUGUCACCUAUGAGGUUCUGAAAGGUUCCCUGGAGGACCUCUCCCAGGUAGAAGGUGUUCUUGCUGACCCAGGACAAGACUUCUUGGCAGGAACAGGUUCUGUGAUUCUUCAGGAGGGUCAGACUUCUGUUGCUAUCCCUGUCACCAUACUGGAGGAUGACAUUCCAGAGUUGCAAGAAUACUUCCUGGUUAACAUUACAUCAGCAGUACUUCUCACAACCCUUGCCACAGUUCCUCACCUAGACACGCGGGGUUUGGUGGCAGAGGUCAGCAUUGGUCCUAAUGAUGGAAUUAGAGGAGUCAUUGAUUGGACGAACACCAUGUUUGAAGUGAAUGAAACGUUAGGGAUUCUGACCCUAGUGGUCUACAGGAACAAGGGCGCAUAUGGGAAUGUUUCUCUUUUGUUCUACGCGCAGAACCUUGAAGCUCAGCAAGGGCUGGACUACAACACCAGUGAAAUGGUGCUUCAUUUUGUCAACGGUGAAAGACAUAAAUUUGUAGAAGUCCAGAUCAUUGAUGACAUCAUUCCUGAGGGAGCUGAACGAUUCCAGAUGAUACUGACCGAUCCGUCACCUGGGCUUGAACUUGGCACCAAUACUACAGCCACUGUGAAUAUCCUAGCGAGCGACGAUGGACAUGGUGUCCUAUCUUUUAAUACCAGCGGGCCUUUCUUACUGAAAGAACCCACAUCUGGCCUGGGGCUGAGCGAGAGCAUGGCCGCCCUCUAUGUGGUUCGGAUCCCCCAAGAGGGCACAUUUGGUACUGUGACUGUGCAGUUUACCAUCACAGAUGCCUACGGCAGUCUUGCCAAUGGUGAUCUCAUUCCGACACGAGGGUUUGUGGUGCUGGAGGAUGGUGUCAGGUUUAAGAUGUUGGAGAUCCGAGCGUUGCUGGAUGCUGAGCCUGAAGUGAAUGAGACAUUCACAGUAACCCUGUCCAACCCAACCGGGGGCGCACGUCUCGGUGCCCCACUGCACGCUGCCAUCACCGUCCUUGAGAACCUGGCGCCGUCGGGCUUGUUCUGCAUUGGACCCACUCUCAAUAGAAGUAGCACAGAAGUGGUGGCAAAUGAAGGAAUUGGAACCAUCUUCCUCACAGUGUCUCGCAGCAAUGGCUUGGAGUCUGCUGUCAGCGUGGAGUGGGGGACCCAGUCUGACACAGCUGUUGGUUCUGAGGGCCCUCUCUCAAUGAUGGGUUUGUACCAAAGUUUUGAGGACACCCCCACAUCCACAUGGUGCUCUAUCCCUUGGAUGCCAUCCAUCCUUGCGGUCAGACUUGAUAAGAGUCCUGCUGUGGGAUCCUCCCAUACAUUGGCCACUAUCUAUCAAUGGCAAGGAGUUUUUGUGCCCAUAGUGUCUGCUCGGAUUCAGGACCCGAGCUCCUGUGUUGGGUUUGCAAUUGAAAACACAAGCUACAUCGCCAUCACCCAUGGCGGUGCCCCUUUUGCCCCUGCCACCAACCUGAGCAUCUUAAAACUACACAGGGACCUCAAUGUCACAUUGGAACAAAUCAUAGGCGUGGAAGCUCUGGAAGUGAAACACUUCUCAAAUGAAGACAAAGAUUUUCUUAUAGCAUCAAGUCAGAUAUUUGUUUGGACCGGCAGCUCCUUCAAUCUCCUGCAAACCCUCGACUUUAAAGAAGAUAUUGUCAGUGUGACGCCAUUCACCCGCACAGAUGGGCUUUAUUUGGUAGUUUGCUUAAACAGCAAGACGAACAGCUGCUUCCUUCUUCACUGGAGUGGCGGAAGAUUUAGGAAUGCACAGCCCCUCCCUGUCACGGGCAGGGUCAGCCAGGUGGAGACAGUCAAGAGAGCAGAGGACACGUUUGUUUUGGUGCUUCUUCAAGGUGUGCUUCUUUCCUGUGAGGUGCUCCGAUGGAAAUUAGGCCAGAGUUCACCUGAGCUGCAUCAGUCCAUUCCUCACCCAGGCCUCACCUCAAUUCAUCCGUUCACAGCUCAUUCUGAACUCUUUUACAUCCUGCUAGCUGGUAGAAAUAGGUCUUCACUUUACUCCUGGAGGUCUGAUGCCAGCCUCUUCACCAUCAUACUGGAGGCCCCCCCGGCUAGGAAAUUCCUUUCCUUUGAAGUCCCAUCCCUCAAUACCACCAAGACACUCUUAGCUUCUUCUGAGGAAAACCGUUCCAGAAUUUAUCAUUUAACUUAUGUCUCCAAUCAGUCUGACUUCAUUCCCAGCUUUGGCGAGCUGCAUUUCUUACCUGGUGACAGCGAGCUACAGAUUGCAGUAAAUGUCUUAGAUGAUGAUGUUCCUGAACAGCAAGAGAAUUUUCAGGUCCACCUGAAGAAUCCAAAGGGUGGGGCAGAGAUUGGAUUUGGGGGUCAAGUGACUGUUGUGGUUCCAAGCAAUGACAACCCCCACGGAGUGAUUGGAUUUGCACAGAAUUCUCUGUCUCUGGAUGUUGAGGAGUUGGAUCAAAAUCAUCAAAUCUCAUUCACAGUGGAGAGGAGAAGAGGGACAUUUGGCAGAUUGACUGUUCACUGGACUGCCAGUGGGAGUCUGGCGGACAUUUACCCCACUUCCGGAGUGGUUACAUUCUCAGAGGGUCAGUCGGUCGCCAUCAUUCCAGUGACUGUGCUGGCAGAUGAUAUUGCAGAGCUAAGCGAGAGCGUUACCGUUACCCUCAUGGAUGUGACCACAAUAGAGUUGCUGGACAUACAACAGGCUGCUGUUAUUGACAAGUUGCGGGCGAAAGCUCUGCUCACCAUCCUGUCAAAUGGUUCCCCCUACGGGGUGAUUGGAUGGCAUCUGGACUCUCAGAUUACUCGAACACAAGAACCGCAGGGCUUUCCAGUCAAUCUGACUUUGUCCAUAGUGCGGGAGCACGGCUCCUCUGGUGAUGUGGAAAUACUUUAUGAGACCAGGCCAGCCUUGAACCAACCUCCAUCCAACCAGGCCUCCGCAGAUCAGGACUACGUCGCCAAAAAUGACAGCCUUAUUAUUACAGAAGGAGCAACUUUGGCCUUUGUGACCAUUAUAAUCCUUCCGGAUGACAUCCCAGAACUGUCAGAGAAUUUCCUGGUAAACAUCACCAGUGUGGCGCUAGUUAGUGGGCUAGCUGAAGCGGGCCAGCCCUCAGUGAAGAGACCUGGCAUGGAAGUAGCUGAGGUAACCAUCCAGGAAAAUGACAACCCUCGAGGGAUCGUGCAGUUUGUUGUUCCUGAAGAUAGCCCUGAAGUUAUGGUGGCCUUUGAAAUGCCAGCAGCUGACAACAUUUUCCAACUGACAGUGGCACGACUUGCUGGUGCAACUGGAAGACUGAUCGCCUACUGGGAGGCUCAGCCCCUGACUGCUGAUCCAGAUGAUUUCAGCCCUUCAUCUGGCAACAUCACCUUCCAAGAUGGGCAGAGGGAAGCUGUGAUCGCGAUCACCAUUUUGGAUGAUGACCGUGUGGAGGCUCUGGAGAAAUUCAAAGUAACUUUGCUGCGGGUGAUUGGCGGCGCUCGGCUGGGAGAUGUGACCUCUGUCACAGUCAACAUUCCGGCCAAUGAUUCACCUCUAGGACGAUUUGGAUUCCAACAGCUCGAGGUUGCCGUGAUUGAGCCCGAGUUUGUCGACGAUUCCGCUGCUGUGGCUCAACUAGUAGUACUGCGCAGUGAAGGGGGGGAAGGGGCCGUGACACUGGCGUGGCAACUGGAAGGACAAGCUGUUCAUGACCUCUCACCUCUCAAUGGGACUCUUGUCUUCACUGAGACAGAAUCAAUGAAGACGUUUAUGAUAAGAGCCCUUGCUGACAGAGUUCUGGAGGGAGAUGAGCACUUCACUGUCAAGCUCUUUCCUCCAAGUGGCAGCGGUGCUGUCAUUGACCCUUUAAAUGGUUUGGCAACCAUCACUAUCAUAGCAGACAAGGCUGCCCUGGGGAUUAUAGGGCUGGAAGAGUCCUCAAGAAACAUUUUCAUUGGAGAACCUGAAGGAAUUUAUAAUGGCAGUGCUGUUGUCAACCUUGUUCGUGGGCCAGGUGUAUUCGGUGAGGUGCAAGUGCAUUGGAAUAUCACUCCUGCUUUGAUUGCUGAAUUCCAAGACAUUGCAGGCUCAGUAACAAUGAAAGACCAGCAAUCCUUUGCUUCUUUUAUUUUGAAGGCUGUGAAUGAUGAUUUUCCCGAGGAACGUCGCAAUUUCCAGCUAACGCUGACAUCCAUGACCCCAGGACUGAAACUCAGUCCCACUGCACAGCAUGCCAGUAUAACAAUGGCAGCCAGUGACAACCCUUACGGGGUGUUUUCUCUCACCCAGCAGCAGAUAAGCACAAUUGAAGAGGAGCAAACUGUGAAUGUGACAAUCAGUCGCACUUGGGGAAAUUUGGGAAGCGUGUGGGUUACCUACCAAACCUCAAGCAACACAGCAGUUAGUGGAGAGGACUUUGUCCCUGCUUCAGGACGGUUGCUGUUCACACCUGGUCUGACAUCACAACAUGUUUCAGUGCAUAUCCAUGAUGACAGUCUACCAGAAGGGCCUGAGAUUUUCUAUUUCAACAUCACCAAUGUGGAUUUAGUCAAUGCCAGUGGUGUGGAUUACACAGUGACCAAUUCAGGUCUCCAACUGGACCAACCUCCAGUCAUAGGCAACAACUCAUCUCUUGUUGUUGUAAUACUGGUAAAUGACAAUGCUGAGGGUAUCUUGGAGUUCUGGCAUGAUCAGAUCAACAUCACAAUUGAGGAGGAUGCAGGCAGUUUGUCGAUCCCAGUGGUGAGAACUUCAGGUUUCUAUGGAAUCAUCUCAGUGGAGUACAUUUCCAGAAGCCUCAGUGCCACUCCUGGUCUUGACUACAUUGCAAACAAUGGCUCGGUGACAUUUGUCCAUGGCCAGAAAAACAGUAGCAUUAAUGUUACGAUUUUGGAUGACAUGGAAAGUGAAUAUGCAGAAAUCUUCGAGAUCUUACUGGUUGGAACUACAGGGGGAGCAGUUCUCGGCUCUCACAAAGUCGCCAGGGUGACCAUCAACAAGAGCGACUCUCCGGGCGGUGUUAUCCGAUUCCUCAACGAAAGCCUAAUCACUAUCAACAACCCAAACGACAUACGAAAACUCACGCUGGUCUUGGAGAGGGCAGGAGGUGUUAUGGGCAAUGCAACGGUUGCUUGGAUCAUCCUUGGUCCAAACAGCAGAGAGGCUCUGCUUCCAUCCAAUACAGACAUUAGAGAGCCGUUAAAUGGGUCUUUUUUCUUCAGUGAUGGGGAGGAAGGCACACAGACUAUUGCACUUCGGAUUCUCCCUCAUGGUGAAGUGGAGGUGGAGGAAACUUUUGUAAUAGAGCUCAGACUUCUGACUGGGGAUGUCGACAUCGACCCUCAGGCUGGAGCCAUAACACUGAAGAUUGAAAGGUUUGGAGACCCAAAUGGUAUCGUUCAAUUUGCGGAGGAUGCACUUCAAGAGCGUGUGUACAAUGAACCCACAGAGGCAGAAGGUCCAAUCAACAUUUCUAUGCAAGUUACGCGUCGAGAGGGUGUCAUGGGUAAUAUUAUGGUUCACUGGCAGAUGGACUCUGAUUUUGACAAGGCUGGAGACUUUUUUGCCUUUUCUGGCACCGUGCUCAUCAUGGAAGACCAGAGGGACGCAGAAAUAGUCAUUAGCCUGAUGCCUGACACUGUCCCAGAGCUGGAGGAGUGCUACACUAUUCAACUGACAGCUGUAGAGGGUGGUGCUACACUGGACGCUAAUUCUAAUCUUUUACGCACUGAUAUUAGAGUGCGAGCAAAUGAUGACCCCCACGGUGUCUUCUCCUUGAAUCCAGAGCAGCAGUCUGUGUCAGUCGAGGGGUCUGGUGCUGAGAUUCAUAGGGUUCUGAUUAUGAACGCAACUCGGCUGGCAGGGCUUUUUGGCAAUGUCAGUUUGGACUACAGAAUCACUCACGGGACGGAUGAGAUCCUGGAUAUGGAGAUGUUUGCAGGUGGACAACCUGAAGGACAACUGUUGUUCACUGAAGGGCAGGUCUUCAGUAACCUCACUCUUCACAUCAGCAACCAGGCAUUUUUGUGCUUGGGUGGACGUUUCAUCGUAGAGUUGACUAAUGUAAGAAUGGUCAGUCCUUUACUUGGCACACCACCACGCCUCCACCACGAGUCCACUGUUGCUAUGGUGAUUGUGCCAGAGGAAGCCGCCAGCUCAGAGGUGGGUUUUGCCUCCCGGGCUUUAUUUGUUUCAAGUGUUGAUACAGGAACAUGUGAGGCAAAGGUGACCCGAACAGGGUUGUUUGGGGAUAUCAGGGUCCAGUGGAGGGCAGGGUAUCCUUCAGGACAGUCUCCACCUGCUUUUAGAAUUGGAGCAAUCAUUCCAAAUUCAGGCUCACUGGUCUUCUCCCAUGGAGAGAGGACAAAGAUAAUAGCUCUGACAGCCAUGACUGAUCCAUCUGAGCCAACUGCACAUGCGUUGCACCUCACUGGAGCCACCUCCAGUACUCCUGCGGUCAACUAUGUCAGGCUCAAGUCAGGAUUUACAUUGGCUGAAGUGGAGCCGCUGGGAAUCUAUCAGUUUUCUCCUGAUUCCCGCCAGCUGGUCAUUGAAGAGGACAUCCAGACUAUAACACUCUAUGUCCAGAGGCUCUACGGUUCGAAUAGCAGCAACACUCGCCUGUCCUACAUGACAAUAGCAGGCAGCGCAGCUGCAGGAGCUGAUUUCAUCUCUGUGCCAGCGGGCCGUUUGGCUUUUGACUCUCCUCGGCAAACCAACGCUUCCUUCCAGCUUUCAAUCCUUGAUGACCUCCUCUCAGAGCCAGAUGAAUAUUUUCAUGUCAACCUUACCGCCGUCGAAGUCUUCACUCCAAACUUGGUCUGGUCAGAUGUCUUCCCUCGAAUCAACCCUCCGCACAGUCUGGCAACUGUCACAAUCCUGGCGAGCGAUGUAACCAGUGGAGUGCUAAGUAUAGGCCCUGAACUGGUUGAAAUACCCGAGGACAAGGAUGAAGAGAACCAGCAGGAGCGAAGGGUUCUCCUAAGGGUGCGCAGGUCACAGAGUGUGGCUGAGAACGUACGAGUUAAGGUCCAAGCAUAUGGAGAGGGAAGUAAAACACCAUUUCCCUUCACCCUUGAGCCUGUUUUGCCUCUAGCGAAGGAGAAUCAGGACUUCUACUUGGAGUCCAACAUUGUGCAAUUGGCAGCUGGUCAGAAUGAGACAGAGGUGCUCCUCGUCAUCCUGGAUGACUCAGAACCAGAAGGCCAGGAGGUGUUCUUUAUCUAUCUCAGUGAUCCUGAAGGUGGGGUACAGAUCACUGAUAGACCCCGCCAGGGCUUUGGGUCCUUUUCCAAGAUCACUAUCCUUGGAAGCGACUUUCAUAAUGGCAUUGUAGGAUUUAGUCACAAUUCUCUGAUGGGCCAGGUUCUAGAUGAAGAUUCAGACAACAAAACAGUUCAGCUUUACGUGCAGAGGCAGGAAAACAGAGCCUUUGAGGAUGUGCAGGUUUUUUGGAGGGCUACUUUAAACAAAGAAGUUCCAACUCUUGUCAGCAAUGGAGUAAAUCUGACCAAACAGCUGGUGCACACAUUGGGAUUCAUGCUAUGUAAAAGAAAAGAGAUCAUCUGUGCUUUUACUUUGGAAGUCCAAGAUGAUGAGGAACCAGAAUACAGUACUUGGUUCUUGGUGGAAGUUUUUCAGGUGGGCUCAGGCGCCACCAUUAAUGAGACAAGCCGGUUCGCCAACGUCACCUUGGCAGAGAGUGACGAUCCACGAGGCGUCGUUUACUUCGACAUUAGCCACAGGUUGCCCACCGCCAUGCCGAUGACUACAAAGCUCAGUCUCCAGGUUUACAGAAGAGCAAGCACCGCUUCUACAAUGUCUGUACGGUACCGUACUCUGGAGCUUCCAAGGAAAGAUGUGUUCGGACCAUUUGUAAUCCAUCCCGCAAAAGAAGGAAUGGAUUUUCCUCAGCAGGAGGGCGAGCUGACCUUUGAUGUGGGUCAAAACAACACAUCCAUAGACAUUUAUCUAACCCCUGACCUGGCGUCACCUUUUCCCCGGCCUAAGCGCUUCCAAGUGGAGCUCUUCAAUGCAACAGGGGGCGCCAGAGUGCACGCUGACCUUGGCUACGCAAAUGUGACACUUGUCUCAAAUGUUGCCAGUGCAGCGACGUGGGCCUUGGUAGCAAAGUUGCAUCAACCCCUCAACUCGGCAACACUGAAUCAGGUGUUGCGAGGACUCAUUGAUGGGACCGCCUUGAUGCUGUCCCGAGAGCAGAUGACGGCUUUGCUUGAAGGUCUGGAGAAGGUUCUCGCAGUCUCCGACAGAGCACCUAUUCACGAAAGCAGCCGCAAUUUGACCUAUGACCUGCUGUGUGUGUUAGCCAACCCCAGCAGAGCCGACACGCGGGGGCUUAGCCACCUUGCGGAAGUGGCUGAACGAUUGGCAUUUUCCAUCAUCACGCACAGUCAUUGUGGGAUAGGGGGCACCAUCCUGGACACAUGUGCACAUUUGUCCAUCUCUGCCUUCCAGUGGUAUCCCACACAAAUCAAUGGACACAAAUUCAGAGGGCGUAACACGGACUUUUUCCAGCUUCCCGACACUCUGCUGCCAGUGCCGGCCGUCUCCACCCCGGACUGCAGGAACCUCAGCCGUAUUCAGCUGAUGGAGUUUAGAAAUGACCUCUGGUUUUUCACCAACAACACAUCAACCGCUCUCAAUGGCAAGGUUUUCUCAGUCAGUUUAGAGGACAGAAGGUCAAGACCCCUUGGAGAUGGUAAAGAGGUGAUAUAUCGUAUCCACACUGGUGGUCAGCCACUUAAACCAGGACGUUCUAUGUGCCUUCUCUGGAACCAGACCACUGCAAGCUGGUCGUCAGAUGGUCAGUACUGCAGGGUUGUGAAAGAGAGUGGGAGCUACGUGGAGUGUGCCUGCUCCCACUUGUCGAUCUACACGGCCUUUGCAGAGUUUGCCCCCCUUGCGUCAUACAACGAUGCCUUCUAUGCCUCCGGGUUCAUCUGCAUCUCAGCCUUUGCACUGGCCAUUAUAGCACACAUCCUGUGCUCCCGUUUCCCUAUGUUUGCUGCCAAAUUGCUCGUUCACAUGAUGGUUAGCUGCCUCGGAACACAGAUCUGCUUCCUGGUGUCAACUUUCCGUGGCCGGGUGUUUUCCGAGGACAGCUGUGCAGCUGUGGCGCUCUUCUCUCACUAUUUCCACCUCAGCCAGUUUUUUUGGAUGCUCAUACAGGCAGUAAAUUUCUGGCAGGUGCUUGUAAUGAACGAUGAGCACACGGAGCGCCGAUACCUGCUGUACUUCCUUCUGGGCUGGGGUCUUCCUGCUCUCGUCAUCAUCAUCCUGGUCAUCGUGCUCCUUGGAGGCUUCGACUGGAACAUUCACGCUGUCUACGGAUUGGUGCAAGGGGAUGUGUGCUUCAUCCCCAACAUCUAUGCUGCUCUGUGCACUGCUGUGCUGGUGCCACUCAUCUGCUUGGUUGCUGUGCUGGUCAUCUUCAUCCAUACCUACCAGGUCUCUCAGCAGUGGAAGGCUUACGAUGACGUCUAUCGCGGACGUGCAAACAGCACAGAGGUGCCACUGGUCCUUUACCUGUUCCUGCUCAUCUUUCUGGUGUGGUUGUGGGCAGGACUUCAUAUGGGCUACAAGCAGAUGUGGAUGCUUGUCCUCUACAUCAUCUCCAACUGUCUGCUGGGACUGUAUGUGUUUGCAGUCUACUUUGUCAUGCACAACCAGCUGUGUUGGCCUGCUAAAGCCACUUACAACGUGGAAAUGAGUGGUCAAGACAGUCCAGACUCCACCUAUACAGGAGGGGGUCCUACCACCAUUGGGGCUGACAUCAACAAAUCAACGCAGAACCUCAUCAGCGCCAUGGAAGAGGUGUCAGCCGACUGGGAGCCUACAUCUCUGAGGACCAGUGCUCAGGUCACGGGCGGCUUCAAGGCCAGUCCAAUGAUGGGGACGUACCCUGCCGAGGGUGGCUUCAUCAACGCCGACCUGGUCACUGCAGACGAGGAGUCCCAGGAAUUUGAUGAGCUCAUAUUUGCCUUAAAGACUGGGAGCGGUCUGAACGUGAGCGACAAUGAGUCCGUCCCAGGCAGCCACGACGGGGGCAGCGUGAGCAGCUCCCAAAUCGUAGAGCUCCGAAGGAUCCCCAUCGCAGACACGCACCUUUAACACCGGUCAUCCUCAUAGAACAACAUAGUAUUUUUAUACCACGACGGCAUUUGUUUGCACUAAAUGAUUUCAUUUUUAUUUUUUGGCGGGAUAGAACAUUUUCACAUAGAGCUUUGAUAUGAUUUGUACCGCUUUUAUAUGGACGUAUGAACCUGUAUCAGAAUGUUGUUCUAAAUUAAUGGAUGCAGUCUGACUGGAAGUUUUGUAGCAGUCUACUAAAUGUGAUAG